AAGUAAACGAAUUUGUCAGAAGUAUAGCUCAUAUUAUUUGUUAGUGUUAUUUUAUUAUUAAGGUUAACAACACUCAAGUCAUUAACUGCAGCGCACGCCUUUAAUUAUUUGCUGAUACCAGUUUGACUUUUUUUCCGGAGCUCUCCACUGAUUGUAAGAGAACGUACAUUAUCUCUCUAAAUAAAACCACAUGUGAUAACACCUAGCCAGUACAGUAAAAGGUUAGACGGAAUAAAACUCCGUGCAAAUUGUUGGGAUAUUGUUCUGUUUGUAACCGUAUUUUCAUUCAAAGCUUGGAUUUAUUUUUUACUUAUUCUAACCUGAAGUUACGUGUUGUACCAUAUUCGUUUAAUCUUUUUUCAUCACUUAAUGAAAGAAUUACAUUAAUUACACAGGAAUGGUGCAUAAGUUGUUUAUAUUUAUCAAAAAGGCUGUGGAAUUAAUUUAAGAAAGAAAAAUAAAGGGGGAAAAAAGAAUAUUAUCUCGUGAAAAGAGCCGCUAACUUGCAUGACCAAGUAAGAGUUCAUGAACGUCUUUGCGGACAAGUUCAUAGUUCUAGCGAGCACUCAUAUACGCCACUUGAAUGAAGUGCACUGUUCUUUAAUGAAUGAAUAUACACUUAUUAAAAUAUUUGUGACGUGGUAUGUAUAAUUAAAUGGAAUAUUGAAACCUUAGAUAUGUUGUUUAUAUAAAGGAGAUAUAUCAGAAUUAAUAAGAACUAAUACGGACCUUUUGGUUUAUAAGGAAAUAUGGCAACAUAUGCAAAGUGCGCAUGGCAUUUAAGAUUUAAUUUUUUUAUACUAAUUGCUAUGGUCGUGCAGCCAAUUAUUUGUCAAGACGGGUUAAAACUGAACCAAAAAACAACAGAAUCGUUGGACAGAUCAAGAAAUGAGAUUAAAGAAAAUGUUUCUGUUCCAGGAGGUGGGGAGAGCGUCACCUCAACUACUGAAGAGUUAAAUAAUGAAAUUACGACACAGAAGCAAGAUAUAACUACAGAGAAGUCAACACGCCCUACAAAAAUAGAAGAACCCGCGACAACUGCAACGCCACCUAAACCUAAGCCUACCGCCGGAAAAGCUACACCAAAUAUGGAUAAAAUUAACCCAAUGGAUAAGUAUUUACUCGAAGGAAUACUGGAUAUUGUCGAUGAAAAGUUUAAUUCCCUAAGCAGUAGACUGAUGACGUUAGAAAGAGGUGUGAACAAUCUCCAGUAUUACAAUGUUCGAAGUUUUCGUGUAGUAAACACACAUUUUCAUGCGAUUGACACUAUUCUUCAUACGAUGCAUACCCAGAUGGGUCAAAGUGAACAGCAAAGUAAAGUUUUUGAACAAUCCAUUGCGGGCAUGAAGAACGAAGUAGUUGAUUUACAAACGUUGAACAACGGUAUGUUUCAGGCGAUUGAACAAAAUCUUGUUCACUUUCAUCAAGACUUGGAGCAGAAGUUUGAGUCCGUAGCGGAGAGAGUAGAUGUAUUUAAUGCUCAGAUUAAUCAACUUAAAAAUGAGUCAACGUUUAUUAAAUCUUCUGUAGAACAGAUUGAUGUAACACAAAAAGACUUGCUGCAAAAUUCAGAAACGUCCAGGUUGUUAACAUCAGAAAUUUUACGUAAAUCUAAUAUAUGUGUAAACUCCACUGCUCAGAUUAAAACGAUAGUCGAAACCGUAGAAGAGAAAAGCAAAGAUCUGAACCAAACCGUUGGUGCACUUGCUGAAUCGGUAACACUCUUGUCUAGCGACACUUACGAUAUUAAACAAGGUUUAGCAACCGCUUUAAUGAAUAUAACAAUCGCCAAGGUCGACCAGGAUAAAUUAAGUUCAGACACAAAAGAAAGUUCGGAUAAAAUUAAUUACCAAGAAUUCAGAGCUAAAAACUCACAUGUACAGAUGUCUUGUGGUAAAAUGCUUGAAAUCUUGGAUGAAAAGUUAAAACAUAUCAAUGUGACGAUCUCUGAAGGGCAGGCAAGAGAAACCAAAUGUGAUAGCCAUAAUAUAUAUCCGCCAGAUUUUAAAAACCAAAGCAAGAAAUUACUCAGGGCAUUAUCUAUGGUGAACGAGAACGUGUUUCAAUCGGUAACAUUAUAUAAACAUACAGGUAACCUUAUAGAAAGAGUUAUAUCUGACACAGAACUUAUAGCAUCAGAACAAGUUCGCCUCAGGGAAGAAUUAGUAGCGUAUUUAAUGAAUGGUACUUUCGAUUUGUUUAAUCAAAGCAUUCCAGAUUUUGCGGAAUUUAUUGCCAACCGUGAAAAAUCAAAUGAAGAAAGCAAGAAUGAAUCGCAGAUUUGUUCUGUUACGAAAUCAUUAGUUGAUGAAAUAUUGAAAAUGUCGUUCAACGGGACACAACUCGUGCAGAUGUUAACAGACCUUGCUACAUCAAGUACAUCUUCUAUUCAACUUUCCAUUGAUAAACUUGACCGUGAAAUUAAUAGAUUGAACAAGCUUAAAGAAGAGCCACUCCUCUCGGCGCCAUUUUAUCAAAAGUCAGAGGCAUUUAUAAGAGAUGAUCCAAAGGCAGGAGCAAAUGCUCAAAUGAAAGAUAUACAAAAUAAAACUGACUGGAUUUAUCAACUUUCUGAAGCAAUUGCGUCCAAUACAGGUUGGAUACCAUACGUUUUCCAUAAUCUAAGAUUUGUUGAAAACCAAGUUAACAAAACUCUAAAAUUGGUUACUAAUAUUGAUGCAAGGAGCGAAGAGCUUUUGUUACGUAAUCGAGCUAAUAUGGCAAUUAUGUUUAAACCAAAACAGAAGCCUUCAUCUCAAAAUGAAGAAGUUAAAUCUCCACUUACAGCACCAGAUGGCUCUGAAUUGCCAGAAAAACAAACUGGAAAUAAGUGUAGCACUAAUUCGAAUCAGAGCGCCCUCUAUGAGCAUAUGAUGAGUUAUGUGUAUAGAACCAACCUGAAACUUAAUCGCUUGAUCCCGGCACUGACAAAUCUUCUAGGGGAACCAGAGCCGUAUAUUGCACUGGUAAAUGGAAAUACCGACAGGGAAGGGCGUGUUGAGGUUUACCACAAAGGUCAAUGGGGAACAAUAGCCAGUGUCCUUACUAACGUUGAAGCAUCGUACGUGUGCAGGAAACUAGGUUAUUUAGGAGGAAUCUUCGCCGGAAGUGGACAUUUCGGCGCCGGAAGUGGUGAAUUCUGGGACUUAAACGUUACAUGCUUACGUACUAGAUGGUGUAGCGCUGUUUCACAUGUUGCGGAUUCUACGAAAAAUAAUCAUACACAAGACGCCGGAGUAAUAUGUGAUCACAUGUUGCGCCUGACACAGACAAAUGAAGAUGAAGAACAGGAAGUGGCAAGGCACGAGGGCAAAUUGGAAAUCUACCAUCAAAGAAGCUGGCUCCCGAUUUGUUAUAAGGGCUGGGGUAGAAAAGAAACAGAAGUUGCCUGUAAACAGCUAGGUUUCCGUGAAGGGUCAUCGACAGGGGUCAAGGACGAAUUAUUAAUAGAUUCUAAAUGGAUGAUUAGCGUCACGUGCAAAGGAAAUGAGAACAGAUUAGACGCAUGCGUAUUUGAGUCUUUUGAAUUCAAUGGUUGUCCCGAGUUGAAUUAUGUGUCUUUAAUAUGUAGCUGAACUAUAUAGAUGAAGACAGCAUUUCCAUUGAAACAGACUUACUUAAAUAUGAAAAUGUAAAACUUCGAAAUUAAUUAUGUAUUUAUAUGUACAUGAAUGUACAUUGAUAUGUUAAAUAUGCAAGUUAUUGUGAGUUAUUGUGAGAGAUAUGUAAACGUGUUUCUGUGUGGAACUACCGUUGUUGAUGAAAAUUUUAUUGCGCUGAAUGAAUCGUUUAAGUCAGUAAAAUUUUUACAUCGUUCACCUCUAAAUAUCUGUCAUAAAAAAUAUAUUUAUGUCAUGGGAUUGAUAUAGUGUUGCUUAAGCUACGAAUUCUGUACAUAAAUAUAGACUGUAUAUUAAUUAAAACACAACGCCAUGCAAUAAGAUGAAUUAAACCGCCUGAAAUGUAAUUCAUACCAGUGAAUAUGGUAACUGAUUUGGGCCAUGUGGUAUUUUUUGCUCCGCCGGUCGCCAGACGAAAACACGAACAUAGGACAACGUGACCACUAAUGUGACCACUUUGUCGCAUGGAUCAACUACAUACACACACACUAACACGCGCGCGCACGCACAUACGCACGUACAUAUGUACAUACAUAGAUAGUUUCUUCCGAACAAUCAUUUACACAUACAUAUAUAUACAUGUACAAAAUAACUUAAAUCAAACAUCGAUUUAGCAAAAACAACAAAAUGCAUACAGAAAAUUAAUGGCAUAAUACAUGAAUAAUGUUUUGAGCAAAACAUGUAAUUAAGGAAAUGCUGCUGCUAAGCAGCUUUCUUUAAUUUGUAUCGAAAUUGGGUCAAUAAUAUCAACAGGAACUUGCACUGCAUAAUACUGAAUUGCGCUUUUUGGAAAAUUGAAAUCUCACGUAGGGUUGCACUAUAUCAUCGCGUUGUGAAGAUCGUAAAGCAUUUAUAGUUGUCCUAUUUAUGCAUGUCUUUUAUAUAUCCUUUAUGUAUGUUGGUGUUAUAUCAUUUAUCACCUUAUAUACAAGUAUUCCAAUCUGUGUGUACUGAAGUUCUUGAAAUAAAGAAAGGGAUGAAUGGUCA